AUGACCUUCACCUAUCCAAGUACCGUAAGAGUGAAGGUUGAACAAUGUUACGUAUGGACUGAAGAGCCAGCUGAGCCACCUGCUGCGAGCGUGCCACUGGCUUCGUAUGGACAACCCGCAUGGAUCGCAAACCAGCCACGCGUUCCGGUCCCAGAUGCCAGCAGCGUCGACAUCGACCCACGGCCCUACAAGUGCCCGCAGUGUGGCCGGGGCUUUGCGGAGUCGUGGCGCCUGCCGGGUCACAUCCGCACCCACACGAAUGAGCGGCCCUUUAAGUGUACCUACUGCCCCAGGGCCUUCUUCAAGAAGAACGUCUACACCGCCCAUAUGCGGUGCCACACGGGUGACAAGCCUUACGUCUGCGAACUCUGCCACAUGGCCUUCACCUGUGAGAACACCUUCGUCAAGCACAUGGAGCAACACAGCUGA